AGAUUUCAAUUUUGUUUACAUUCUGAAACUUGAUGUGAUGAGUAAUGAUUUUAUUUUAGCAAAUUAUUCAUUUGAUAACCUGUCAUUCCAAAGAGUGAUGUAGGCAUACGGAAAUAUUUUGCAUGAAAUUGUUCUUCAGAGGCAGUUGGCUGUACUGGAUGGGAUACCUAAGACCGGAAAAAAACUCCAGCAGCGUGCAAAAAUAGCUCAAAUUUUAAUCCGUCAAGUGUGUGCAACAACGAGGCUUUAGAGUUUCCUCAAGGAUGGCAUCUAGUGAAGAACCACCACCUACAGAACAGAAAGAAGAUGCAAUGAAUUCAAAUUCUGAAAUUCCUCUUCAGAAUGAUGAGCUUCAGACAAACAAAGAUGAUGAAAGAAAUGAACUUUUGCAAAAUUCUGUUGAUGAAGAAAUUACAGAUGGAGAAGGAAAUGACAGCUUCACAUUUACCUUACUGAAAGAUUUGGAGCCUGGAUGUCUUACUUUAGACACUCUUCCUGCUGAAAUUCUGAUGCACAUUUUUAAUUUUUUGGAUGCCAAGUUCAUAGUUGAAACACUUGGAAAAGUUUGUGUUCUCUUCAGUGAUCUGUUUUGCGAGGAUACUUACUGGAAGUUAAGGAUAAGUAAAAGAUGGCCGAAACAGUUUCCUCCAGUAUAUGAGGAAAACUUUAACUGGAUGGAGGCAUGUGUGGAACGUGAGGAACAACACCAGAUAUGGAGCAAAACUGAGGAGACCUGUGUGCACUUUUCCUACAGGGAGGGCAUUUUUGCUUCUGUUGAUACUGUGCAUCUCAUGAAGGGAGGGAAGUUUCUGGCCACUGGAUCACGAGAUCGGUACCUCAACUUGUUAGACUUGACUAAAUAUGAUGAAGAAGAUCCUGAAGCCAGCAAGAAAGCAAUGAACACUGUUUCCACUGACAAAAAACAUAAGGGUUGGAUCUGGUCGCUAGCAUCCUACGACGACACGCUGUGUUCAGGUUCCUGGGACUGCUACAUUAAGAUGUGGGACAUGAAUGCUGGCCUCGCAGAAAUCAACCAAUUCAAGUGCAAGUCUGCCAUACUUGGCCUCCAUGCCGAGCCCAAUUGGCUUGUGGGUGCCGGAUACAAUCAGUUUCUUUAUAUGAUUGACCCUCGAUAUGGAACUGGCCAGAAAAAGAAGUUUCACCGCCGACCGGUUCUGUGUGUUGUUGCCGAUGAUAAAUACAUCAUUAGUGGCAGUGAGGAUAAAACCAUGGCGAUUUAUGAUAGAAGGGCAGCUCGUGUAUACAAAACUAUACAAACAGAGAGCUAUGCUAUGGACCUGAGUUUUAGUCACAACCAGCUGUGGAUGGGAGACAAAGAAGGAAAGGUCCACCUCUAUGACACAACACAUGGCCGUUUUGAAAAAGUUGAGUCCUAUGACGUUGGCCACAGCGGGAAGGUUACGGGGGUACACUACACAACUGGAGCUCUAUUCACCUGCUCCACAGACAAAACCAUAAAAGUCUUAGAGCCGAACAGAAACCCUGGAGUGAUCACCACGCUGGACUCUCACAGGGGAGAGGUAGCCAGGUUGUCAUACCAAAACGGAACUUUGGCCAGUGCAGGAAGUGAUGUAACUGUUCAGGUGUGGAUACCAAAAACAAUCUACCAGGCCUACCACAGCUGAUAACAAUCUAUCAGGCCUACCACUGCUGAUAACAAUCUACCAGACCUACCACAGCUGAUAAUUAUAACAAUCUAUCAGACCUACCACAGCUGAUAACAACCUACCAGACCUACCACAGCUGAUAAUUAUAACAACCUACCAGCCCUACCACAGC